AUGGCUUCAUCAACGCCAGUUAUGUCCUUCUUGAGGCCGCUACGUCUCCCGCGACCUUCAACCGUCCGCCAUUUCCUCCGCUUCUCCACCAGCGCACCAUGCAGUGAAGCUACACAGCAGCAGAAAGAGGGUUAGCACAGCACAGCACAGUAUCCCCUGAUCAAGGAAAUCGCUGACAUUGAGAUACAGACCCCAAUCUGAUAGCCUCGCGAACGGCACCCGAAGCCUAUCCUCCGCCUUCCAUCGCAAUCCGCUCCAACCCUCGACCGAAGGAAUCCAGGGCCUCGAGACGAACAUCUUUUCCUAUGAAACAACGUCAGUAUCCAACGCGAGUACCCUCCCACCACCAGCCAGAAACUCCCAAACUCAUCCCGGAGCCCGUCGAAUUACUCCCUCCAGAGCAAUGCGCACCAAAUCUACCUUACUUUGUCACGCGAUCACGCAAAGAUGAGCUGCCGAUUUAUACCUUGCGAAAGCGAGGAGGGAAUCUGAAGAUGACGAGAGUGAAGAGGAUUGAUGGAGAAACGUCUGUCUUGAGGGAUGAGCUAAGGCAGCUGUUGCGUGUGGGUGCAAAGGACGCCGUGAUAAAUCAUACGACGGGACACAUUAUGAUCAAGGGUCAUUUCAAGCCGCAAAUUGAACAGUACCUCCGUCAGCGGAAUUUCUAA